AUGUUCUUCGUGACUUAUAACGGGGAUAGUCUGGUGCGGAGCGUGCACACGGGAUGGACUCCAGACAUGCAGAUGCGGGUGCUGUCUUAUAACUAUGGAGCGCCUAUUAACGUCGGUAUUCCGGACAUCGCCUGCUAUUCGCCGGGGCGGGAUGUGGUGGUGCCGCCCCUGCUGACUCAGACACACGUCAUCCCCCCCUUGCUUGCACACACUGCUGCUGCUGGUGCUGCUAGUGCCGCCGCUGUAACUGCAGACGACGAGUCAGGUGGUGUUUCAGGUGCUUCUGCUGCUGCUGCCGCCCCACCUGCGUAUGGAGGUCGCACUAUCCGUGUGCUGAUGGUGACGUCAGCGGCCAACUUGGCUGACAUCAACAACUUCAGGAUCAAGGAAGGAUUGCACCACAACUAUCCAGUGGAGAAGUGGUUGAUAGAGAUCUAUGCGACCAACGCAGCAGCCAUCGAGGGGUGGACGGUGGUAUUCCGAAACGACAAUGAGGAGGCUUUAGGGGUUCGGGGGGAUGCCCCUGAAAUCACUCGCGCUGCUGCUGCUGCUGCUGCUGCUGCUGCUGCUGCUGCUGCUGCUGCUGAUGGUGGUGGUGGUGGUGAUGGUGGUAGUGGUGGCGGUGGUGAUGGUGGUGAUGAUGCUGGUGCUGCUGAUGGUGCUGCUGAUGGUGCUGAUGGUGGUAGUGACAACAGCGAGUGGGGCAGCAGUGUCUUCUGUCUCAUACUGCCUGGUCGCGCCCAGUGGACCUUCCAGCUCGCCAAGGCGAUCCUCUCAGGCUGCAUCCCAGUCACGUUCCUCCGUGCCAACGACAACCCCUGGGCCGCCUCAAAGUACCACCACGCAGCAGCAGCAUCCCCCUCUUCCAGCUCCUCUCCCCCCUCGGCCCUCAACUAUCCGCUCUUCUCUCUCAACAUCGACCCAGCAGCGGUGGACUCGCUCCCCCGCAGGCUGCAGGACGCCUUUGAGCAGCCGGGGCUCGUCGCCAGGCUGCAGCACAACCUGGGACUCGUGCAG